UAAGCAAACCCUAAGAGCUCGCGACUAUAAAUUUGCUUUUGUGUCUCGUUUUCCUUCGCCGCCGGACUGCUCUCUUUCUCUCGCUUCACACACUCUUCUUCUUCUCAGAUCGAUUUUUAAAAGCCAAGAAUCAUGCAAAACGAAGAAGGUGUCGUCACUGAGCUAUACAUUCCCAGGAAAUGCUCGGCCACGAACAGAUUGAUCACUUCAAAGGAUCACGCCUCUGUUCAGCUUAACAUAGGCCAUCUUGAUGCCGAUGGUAUCUACACUGGCCAAUUCACCACACUUGCUCUCUGCGGGUUUGUCCGUGCUCAGGGAGACGCAGACAGUGGCGUGGACAGGCUCUGGCAGAAGAAGAAGGUCGAGACCAAACAACAGUGAAGGGGCUAUAGAGAGUCUAUGCUUCUGCCUCUUGUGAUUUUUGUUAUGUUUCUUUUGAAUUUUCUCUAGUUGCGAACUCGUGUUUGGCUUUUCUGGUUUAUGAAAGAUAAUUACCAAGCUUUUUGGUGCCAAUAGACUCAUAUUUUACUUUUCAA